ACUUGCCUGGUAGUUUAAUAAUGUCGGCUAGACGGAAGGUUAAGUACAGGGAGGAAUAUACUGAACAGUUUCCAAGUAUAAAGCGAGGAAGAACUGAAUACGAAGCUUUCUGCAAAAUUUGCGGUUCCUACAUUUCAAUCAGUAAUGGAGGUAGACGUGAUAUUAACGACCACGUGCAAUCGAAAAAGCAUAAGACGGCAGUGGGUUCAUCAUCUUCCAAACAGCUCACCAGCUUUUUCAAAACACAUACAGAUGCUGACUGGAUCCCGUCGGGCACAACCGGUCCACAAGUCAGCAAUCUUCUUGCUCCAUCGCUCCAUGGCUCAUACGUAUGCAGAUUUGUCAACAUCGCGAGCACACCGCUUUGCACCACAGUAAUGGCGAAUGCUGCAGCACGACUGACUUCGCCUACAAUGCGUCGCUUUUACAACCGUCGAACAAGAAUGAAGAAUGUUUAA